AUGGGCCACUGCUGCAGUAAAGAGAAGGAUUCCGGACGCAGAGGAGGAGGAGCCAAUGGGUACAGCUCUCACCAGCAGCAGCUCAAGCCCAGCCAACCCCCUUCUUCCUAUCAUGGCUACAACCAGCCUCAGCCGCCGCCGACGACGACCGAGGCCCGGCAGGCCCCUCCCUCUCCCCUGAAGUCCUCCGCCCCCACCCCCGCCCCCGUCCCCGUCCCCGUCCCCUCCCCGGCCAUCACCGCGCCGCGAGGCCCCGACACCAUCCUCGGCAAGCCAUUCGAAGACGUGCGGUCAUUCUACACCCUGGGGAAGGAGCUUGGGCGCGGGCAAUUCGGCGUGACCUACCUCUGCACGGAGAUCGCCACCGGGAAGCGGUACGCCUGCAAGUCGAUCGCGAAGCGGAAGCUGUUGAGCGCGAACGACCGGGAGGACAUCCGGCGGGAGGUGCAGAUCAUGCAGCACCUGACGGGGCAGGCGAACAUCGUGGAAUUCAAGGGGGCGUACGAGGACCGGCACUCGGUGAAUCUGGUGAUGGAGCUGUGCGAGGGAGGGGAGCUCUUCGACCGGAUCAUUGCCAAGGGCCACUACUCGGAGCGCGCCGCCGCCACCAUCUGCCGGGCCAUCGUCAACGUCGUGCACAUCUGCCACUUCAUGGGGGUGAUGCAUCGCGACCUCAAGCCGGAGAAUUUCUUGCUGGCCACCAAGGAUGAGGGGGCCAUGCUCAAGGCCACCGACUUCGGGCUCUCCGUCUUUAUCGAGGACGGAAAAGUGUACAGGGAUAUAGUUGGAAGUGCUUAUUAUGUUGCUCCUGAAGUUUUACGACGGAAUUAUGGGAAAGAAAUAGAUGUAUGGAGUGCAGGUGUUAUUUUAUAUAUUCUUCUCAGUGGUGUUCCUCCUUUUUGGGCUGAAACGGAGAAAGGGAUAUUUGACGCCAUCUUGCAAGGAUAUAUUGAUUUUGAAAGUGAUCCAUGGCCAUCUAUAUCACACAGCGCCAAAGAUCUUGUCAGAAAAAUGUUGACACAGGAUUCAAAGAAAAGAAUCACAUCAGCCCAAGUUCUUGAGCAUCCAUGGAUCAGAGAAGGUGGAGAGGCAUCUGAUAAACCUAUAGACAGUGCUGUUCUUUCUAGAAUGAAACAAUUUAGAGCAAUGAACAAGCUCAAGAAGAUGGCACUAAAGGUUAUUGCUGAAAAUCUUUCUGAAGAAGAAAUUAAAGGGCUGAAACAGAUGUUCGCUAAUAUGGACACUGACAACAGUGGUACCAUCACAUAUGAAGAACUCAAGACAGGAUUGGCACGACUAGGGUCAAAACUCUCAGAGGCUGAAGUAAAGCAGCUCAUGGAUGCUGCUGAUGUGGAUGGAAAUGGGACCAUCGACUACAUUGAGUUCAUCACUGCCACAAUGCAUCGGCACAGACUUGAACGAGAUGAACAUAUAUAUAAAGCUUUUCAGUAUUUUGAUAAAGAUAGCAGUGGGUUUAUUACAAGAGACGAACUGGAAUCAGCAAUGGAGGAGCAUGGAAUUGGUGAUGCAUCUACUAUCAAGGAAAUAAUAUCAGAAGUUGACGCAGAUAAUGAUGGAAGGAUUAACUAUGAGGAAUUUUGUGCAAUGAUGAAGGGUGGAAUUCAGCAGCCAGUUAAACUUAUGUAACUUCUGAUAGCACAUUGACUGCUCAGUUGAAGUGAGGGCCUAUUGGUUUUGAUCCAGACAUGGGGAAGGAACCGUGAACCAUUGAUUAAGAAUGUCAAAUAUCGAAUGCCAUUAAGACCUCAAAAUCGCUAAGAAGAUGGUACCCAUUUUGAGCUUGUAUCUUCUGAAUAGAAGGGAUGCUAUGUGUAUACCUGGCUUCGUUUUUGUUUUUAAUCUUUCUCAUUUGUAUGAUGCGGAUGGGCUUGUGAGUGUGCUUGGAAAAGAUCUUAGGUUUAUGGAGAGGCAGAUUUUGCAUUGCUCUGCUUUGUAACAAUUAGAACUGCCUAAGGAUUUUAUCUUUCUAGAGAAGGAAUUUUAAGGUACUCAAGAAUUCUUGCUGAGCAAUAGAGCCCGGCUUUGUUCAAGAUGAAGUAUCUUCAAUUUGGUUAUAAAAUGUUGGAAAGAAUCUUCAAGCAAA